AGGACCAUUCCAAGUGAAUGUGCUUCAAUGAAUUUGACUUUUAUGAAUCUUGAAGCAAACCAAUUUUCGGGCCCUGUACCACUUGAACUUGGGGAUUUAGUGAACUUGGAAACUUUGAUGCUCUCCUCCAAUCAGUUAACUCGGAAUUUGCCAGUGACGUUUAGUUUACUAAGAAAUCGAAUUGACUUUAGGAUAAAUGAUAACAAUUUCAGUGGAAGAAUACCUAGUUUCAUACAAAACUGGGAACAACUCAACAGACUGGAAAUGCAUGCAAGUGGACUCAAGGGACCAAUACCCUCUAGCCUAUCUCUCCUGAAAAAUUUGACUAUAUUGAGGAUUAGUGAUAUAAAUGGGCCAAGUCAGGAUUUUCCUGUGCUUAGAAACAUGAAACGCCUAGCGACAUUGUAUGUUUUGUGA